GCAGCCCUGCCAAGUAACCAAACAAGCAGUUAUCCGCGUGCAAUUUGUUUUGCUAUUUAUGUUUCAAAUUUCAGUUUUUGUAAAUCCCUGCAGGCAACCAAUUGCACUACCAGCACAGCCUUGUUCCACGUCACGCCCAUGUUCUGCCGGCACCUACUGUCACUACGGCUUGACGCCAGAAACCACAAUUUGUUGCUCUCUCGAAGGGAAUCCGUGUGAUCAACCGCUAGUGACGGGUAUCGGCAGUGGGUCGCAACAGCGUUGGUACUAUAAUGCGCAGCGUGGCACCUGCGAAAUGUUUUUAUACAAAGGCUUAAAGGGCAAUGCCAACAACUUUUUGAGUCAACAGAGCUGCGAGCACUCUUGCAGGCCAAAUCCGUGUGCCGAGGGUAAGCACCUUACGCUACAUCAGAUCCGGCGGCCGUACAGCACACCGGAUGGGCGUUAUUUGAGUUGCGAUGUAUCGCUGGAAGUUAGCAGCUGUCCAAGCGGAUACUGGUGCAAUCCUGGUGCUACCCGGCAUACUGCUGUUUGUUGCCCUGGAGGUACUUUCUUCAUCCUUACAAGAAGCGUCGCGCAUAUUCACUUAAGGGAUUAACC